AUGGCGGCAGCGGUGAAGGGUGCGGAGGAGCUGGAGCUGUUGGAGCGGCUGCUGGGGCUGCCGGGCGGGAACAAGUACGGCGUCCAGGGGGAGCGGAAGGUUCCUGUUCUCCAAACCAACAAUGGCCCUGGGCUGACGGGGCUGAUGACCAUUGCUGCCCAUCUGGUCAGGCAAGCUAGGAAAGACCAACUGCUGGGAAGCACUGCUGAAGAGAAGGCUGUGGUGCAGCAGUGGCUGGAAUACAGAGUGACCCGAGUGAAUGGAGGCUCCAGUAAGGAAGAUACUAGAACAAUUCUGAAGGAUCUUAACAUGCACCUUGAAGACAAAGUCUACCUUGCAGGAAACAUUUUUACCUUAGCAGACAUUUUGAUGUAUUAUGGAUUGCAUCAUAUCAUGGUGGACCUUACAGUGCAAGAAAAGGAGAAAUACCUUAAUGUGUCUCGUUGGUUCAACCACAUUCAGCAUUACCCAGGUGUCCGACAGCAUCUGUCCAAUGUCAUCUUUAUCAAGAACAGAUUAUACACUAAUGCUCAUUAAGGCAAAUCUUAAUGUCGUGUUAGAAUGAGAUGGGGGAGUUUAGGAAUUGUACUGUCCAAAGCCACUAACCUGCAAGUACUGUUUUGUAACCUUCUGUAUGUGAACUGAAAAUGUCAAUGCCUCAGAUAAUGCAACUGCAUUGAAUUGCUGUUGUUAAUCAAGAAUUAGACCUAAAGAAAUAUUCUGUAUCUGAUUAAAUGCAAAAAUGGUGGAAAGAUGGAAAUGAAGUUUUAAUUCACUAUUUUUUAAAAAAUUUAAAGUUCUUUUAAUUAAACAUUCAAGUGAAAUUACAUCAUCUUUACCAUCAAUUAUUCACUCCUUUUGCUAUUUAUUGAAUUUUUAUGUAUGUCAGCCAGCUUUCCUUUUGUUUUCCAUGGAUGUUUACACUAGUUUUGUACAAGUUAAGAUCUAUAUUGUGUGCCAAGGAUGUGAAAAAGGGAACAUGCAAAUGUUACAAAGUAUUUAUGUGACCGAAUAAAUUAUUUUAAAACUGUAGUCUUAA